ACAAACAAAACACAACAACAGAAACCGUUGCUUGGUACGUUACAACUGAAAACCGAAACAAACAAAACUUAAAGUAAGUAUCUUCUUGAAGGAGCCAUGCAGCGUUUGCCAGCAACGUUGUGCCGCAAGAUCGCUCGUCCGGCAUGCGAGGCGUUCAUCAGCCACCGCGGCAUCGACACAAAGAGGAACGUGGCGGGGCUGCUCUACGACGGUCUCACCGGGAUGGGGGUUAGGUCCUUCCUCGACAGCAAAAGCAUGAAACCAGGAGACAGGCUCUUCGACCACAUCGACCGAGCCAUUAUCGGUUGUAAGGUUGGUGUUGCUGUCUUCUCCCCUCGUUACUGCGACUCUCAUUUCUGUCUCCAUGAACUUGCUAUGCUCAUGGAGUCCAAGAAAAGGUUUGUCCCUAUCUUCUACGACGUUAAGCCGUCGCAGCUUGUGGUUAAGGACAACGGAACGUGCCCGGAAAAGGAGCUUCAAAGGUUCCAUUCAGCACUUGAGGAAGCUAAACUCACCGUGGGAUUAACCUUUGAUUCUCUCAAUGGGGACUGGUCAGAGCUGCUUAGGGACGCGUCUGAUGCCGUGAUCAUGAAUUUGCUGGAGGUAGAAGAAGAGGAAGGAAUGAAGAGUAUGCAGUGAGAAUCGUUCAACGGCCAAUCACACAGGGAUAACAAUAAUUGAAAUUUGUUUAUUCAUUCAUUUUACAUCGCUUAAUUCUUUGGUCUGAAUUAAUUUAAUUAAUUAGUUCAGGCUUCAAUUCAUUUGUAUUAAUUAAUUAAUCACUCAAGAUUUUUUUGUUGUUGUAAUUUUUGACAUUUUUUUCUUCACCCAAAGCAAUUCGGUUGAAGCUAUACUUAGAUGUGCAUCUUCCAUUUCCGAUCCCAUAAUUUGGGAAAUAUUGUCUGUAAUAGUUUCAAGGUUA